AUGUCAAAGUCUGUGCGGGUGGGUGACUACUAUGGCAAUGACGAAAACGGUGUCUGGUCAUGGUACUUGUCCAACCUUAGAUCUGGUGACUUCGAGGAGAUUAUCGAGAACAAAUUGAAAUACACAUUGUUGAAAAGAUUCCUCAAUAGUAACUUACUUGGGAAUUUCAGCCCCGAAAGCCCGACAAGGUUCAUUAACAAGAAACUCAUAUUCGUAUCUAUACCCGAGGAUGUCCAUCAGGAUAUCUCUAUACUGGAACUAUUCCUCAGAGAUUAUUUUCAUUUAAAAGUUUUAGACAACAAUCAAAUACAUAAACUCACUCAGGACAAAGUAUACCAUCACGAAAACCAUUAUUUCCUCAUGGACGAAUUGAACAACUUUGAGGACCCUACAUUCUUGGAAUUUGGGAAGUCCAAUUGGAAAAUGGAAGGCACAGCAGGUACUGUAUAUGACCCCCAAAACAAGGAAAACACAACAGAUGCAUUAGUCACUGAAGCAACUGCAAAAAUAGAUCAUAAAAUUAGUAGCAGUAAUACAGAUGACUCGAGGUUCGAUACUUUGGUUAACGAUACAAAAGAUGACAGCUCAUCCCAUGAAUAUAAUGCUAUGAACUUGAAUGAACAAGACUCCAUCACCUCAUCUAACAAUAACGACUCACUACUAAGCAGCUUAUCAACUGGCGGCGAAGAUUCACUGAACCAAGAGCUACGACGUCAGAGCGAUCAUGACGAGUCUAGCUCUAUUAUAGAUCAGACUAACGACAAUAGAAAGAGUUAUUCCAACGCAGACACUAUACGAAGCAAAAUGAUACCGUCAGAAGGAAAUAUUUCAAUUGAUUUCGAUCAAGGUACAGAUAGAGAAAGCACAAAUGUCGAUAAUAGCAAUAAACGGACUGGACUCGAUGAUGAUGGAGCAAGUUCAAUUGUCCUGAAUUUUUCACAUAAUAGAAAUGCACAUAAAAGGAAAACUAAAAUAGAUUCAUUGUUAGGCGAACGAUACCCAAGUGAUUUCUAUACACCUCCUCAGUCGGAACUAGUAUCCAUCAAUAGUUGCGGCUCAGCUGAGGAUUACACAGGACAGUCAUUGAGAUUAAUGGUAACAAAAAAUGGUACAGAUUCAAAAGAUGAACAACCAGGAGAUAAUCCUAAUAGAAGUAAGACCAGCGUUAAUGGCCAUAUUGCGUCUCCACUUUCUGAUAUACAGAACGUUUCGAUUAACGAGGCAAAUAUGGGCGGACAAAACGAUCAAGCAUCCUUUUCUGAUAAUGAAUCUGAAUCAAUGUAUUCAAGUGAUUUGGAAUCUGAAGAUGGAGAAAUGGACCACUACAAUGCUUCAGGAUCUGAUAUUACACUCUUAUCAAUACUUCCAUCAAUAUCAAUAUUCGACACACUUGGAUACUUUAGAUUAGUUUUACAGUCAAUAUUAAUACAGGAUCCACAGACUAAAGAAGUUUUUACAGCAGUAAGGCAAUCUAACAACAAACCAACCAUUGCUGAUAUUACAGAUGACUGGCUAUUAUAUGAUGCCGAAUUUUCUAUGCAUAAUUUACAGAUAUUAACACUGCAAGAUAUCAUGACCAUAAAGAAAGACUAUCCUAAAAUUCUCUUCUAUACUAUGGUGGUCAUUAACGACCGCUCAGAAAUUGCAUGUGAAUUUCCAUAUAACGGAGCUCAAUUCACCAAGGCUCCUUCCCCAAUAACGAACAAAUCGCAUGAGGUAGAGAAAGAAGAGCUGGACCAACCUACGGAGGUCCAAGCAUAUUUUCCAGGUAAUGGUCAAGCCAUAAAAGAUAGUAUAAAACCAAACAAUAGGGAUUCACUGACGUUUGACCUGUGCCAGGCAGAAAGGACGAAGUCUAAUAUGACUACUACACACAGAUCAAUUAGGACUGUCAAUAGCAUUGGAGAUUGGUCAAUCAGUCGAGAUACCACUGGAAUAGCGACACGUGCCGCAACCAACACCAGCGGACAAUAUGACGAUCAUUAUCAGGCGUUAAAAUUUGAUGAGAGUUCCAAAGAAAGAUUAAUACAAGGAAGGAAAGAUGGUAGUGGUGGUAAGUAUUCCAAACACCAAAUUUCAAGAGUUAAUACAAAUGGAUCAUCAAUGCCAUUAGAUUCGGUAGAAAGGACAAAAAGUUUACCUCUACCGACUCUGCUGAAAACUGCCAGCGGGAUUGAGACAUCUCAUAUUGAAACACCUAGUAAAUGGGGCUUCAGAUCAAUCAAGAGGCACAAGAAUAAACACAAAUCGAAAGGCUCGCUCACAAACGGUGAUAAAAAUCGUCAUCGUCGCACUAAAAAGAAUGAGAACUCUGCAUGUGUUUUAAUGUAG